AAAUAGUUUGUUCAUAGACAAACAAGAAAUAAUCUUUAGUGUAGUGAUAGAGUACUCAUUCAUUAUCCAAAAGAUGAAAGGUUCCAUACUUGACAAACACAUAUGUGAUAUUUUUUCUACCCCAAAUUUCAUCUGUGUCCUAGGACAGUUCCCAAGUACCCUGCCUCCGCCUAUGUUGUAUGGAUAUCAGAUGUAAAAUAUUAUGUAUUUGAGACUCUGAUAACAAUGUUCAGUCAAUGUAAGGAUUUUCAUAUACGUACGUUUGGGCUUUGCUUGUCCUUAUUAGUACAGAGUAUGAAAAUUGCAGAGGGCAAGCUUGAGAAGAUCUCAAAAAGCUAGAUACCUUUAUUUAUUGAUCAUCAUCUCCACAUUACAUUAUUGUAUAUCAAACGUAAACAUGUGAAGCAGAUGAAUCGAUCAAAGACAGACUACUACACUAAUUUUCUGUGUUUCAUUUUCCUUUUUUGAUUAAUUCGAAUCUUUGUUUCAUCAUAAAAAAGGUACGUAAUUAUCCCCAAGUUCAAACACAAUACUCUUUUGGGCCUAUGUUUUCAAUUGGUUUGGGGUCCGCUCAACGGUUUGGAGAUUUGCUGAUCCAAACUUCCACGAGUCCAUGGUAAGAACUUUCAGUAUCAUCGGCCCAAUUUCUUAUCAUAGGAGAGUUUAACUAGAACAACGUUCUCAAUCUCGUCUGCCUCUCUCUUUAACUAGUGACGGGCCCGGCCAGUUGGCCGGAUGCAUUUCGUCAACUUCGUAAACAACAGUCGCAAUUAGUAUGCGAGAUAUGUAUUUAUGAUAGUUAUAGGCCUUUAUGAUAGUUUUGCCCGAGGUUGUUAGUUCGAGUUUCUUAAGAAAGAACAAAUUCUCUCUUUGUUCAUAUUUAUUUACCUCGGGUCUAAAUCUUAGUUAAGCAUUCUUAAUCUUAAAUUUUAGAUAAUUGUAAACUUGUUUUCGUCAAGUCCGUAAACAACAGUAGGAGUAGCAAUUAGUAUGUGAGAUAUGUAUUUAUAGCCAUAUGCCUUUACCCACUAAUUAGUUUUUGCCGAGGUUGUUAGUUCGAGUUUCUCAAUAAAGAAAAAUUCUAUCUUUUUUAAUAAAUCUUUAUAUCGGGUCUAAAUCUUAGUUAAACAUUCUUCAUGUUUAAUUCAAGAUAAUUAAAGUAUAUAAUAUUUCACCAAAUAAUCUUUUAUCUUUGGUCAACCAUACUCGACUAUAAACUAACAAAUUCCCCAAGGAUCCUUAAUUACAUGCUAGCCUAAGUCCUUAAUUAAGAUUUUUAUACAUUGAUAAAGGCCAUUCUAGAUCAUUUGCUAACCUUCAUCAACUAAGACGCUUAAUUCUUAGUCAUUCUCCUCAAACAUAUGCUUAUACGCAACACAGAAGGUGAAUUAAAGUUAAUAUAAAGUCUCCAACAUGUCUCACAUGAUGUUACGUAACGACAAUCCAAAAAUGCUUUAGUCUCAUUAAUGCAAACGCAAGUUGCUAAAGAUAUUUCUUGGUUUUGGUAUUGUUUUUCAUUACCACCUGGUUUAGAUGUCAAAGUCGACAUUGUUCAAACACUCUUGAAAAGCCCUUAGCCUAGGUAAUUUCCGUAUUAGUAUUAGGGUAAUUAUGAAAGUAGCAUUCUCGAUGAUUUUGGUUAACAUGACAUCAAUGUUGUUGAGGUACAAAGUCGGAAAUAGGGGAGUGGCUAAGAUGGUGAACAAGUGGGUUGUGGCAGCAUUCUACGCGUCCUUCUCUGUGGGCUUGGGCCCACUUACAAUGGUGCACAGUACCGAGGCACUACCAUUCAAGGUGAGAGCUCAGGUGGUAGGAAUCGUCGUGAUGGUGAACAAGCUUCUGAGCUUUGCUUUGUACUACUUGAAACCAGCCAUGUACAUAGUUUUUUUAUGGUUUCUUGUAUUGGAGCAUCAGCGUGAUACUGGCUUUGGGGGUGGUGUUCACCAACAAGUGCCUCAUCAAGACAUCCGACGCUCGAGUUGCGCUUGCGCUUGUGCCAUUUGGCUUCAAUAAAGAAAAAUUUUAUCUUUUUUAAUAAAUCUUUAUAUCGGGUCUAAAUCCUAGUUAAACAUUCUUCAUGUUUAAUUCAAGAUAAUUAAAGUAUAAAAUAUUUCACCAAAUAAUCUUUUAUCUUUGGUCAAUCAUACUCGACUAUAAACUAACAAAUUCCCCAAGGAUCCUUAAUUACAUGCUAGCCUAAGUCCUUAAUUAAGAUUUUUAUACAUCGAUAAAGGCCAUUCUAGAUCAUUUGCUGACCUUCAUCAACUAAGACGCUUAAUUCUUAGUCAUUCUCCUCAAACAUAUGCUUAUACGCAACACAGAAGGUGAAUUAAAGCUAAUAUAAAGUCUCCAACAUGUCUCACAUGAUGUUACGUAGCGACGAUCCAAAAAUGCUUUAGUCUCAUUAAUGCAAACGCAAGUUGCUAAAGAUAUUUCUUGGUUUUGGUAUUGUUUUCAUUACCACCUGGUUUAGAUGUCAAAGUCAACAUUAUUCAAUCUGCAGGUUUGUUGAUAUAUUUGAACAAAUACUUGAUAGCCACAGAUAACAUAGUAAAUUAAUCAUAUGACUUAGAAAUAUUCAAAUAAAAUAUAAUAAUAAAGUUGAAAAAUCUAU